ACUGCUGAGGUCCCGCGACAAAAUCAAAAAGGUGAGGUCUCUCUCUACAGUCUCAACCAUAGCUAAUUAGCAGAUGUGCAGAGCAAGAUCCAAUCUUGUCGUGUUUGCCCUUCGUUGGUCGUCCUCGGGACUGAAGAAGCCACACCCUUAGCUCUGUCAUCACUUCCCUUCUUUGAUUCGAGUCAAAUUGAACAGUUGGUGAGUUGGAAUGCAGCACUUUGCAUGCUUUUGAUGGACUGCUUAUGCUUGUAGUUCAUGGCCUCUCGUGUUGGAGUGGCAGUGAUGCAGUCUCGUUUGUUCACGAUGCCGAAUGAAAGCUCUGAAGGCCGAUGUUCUACCCUUGGAAUUUGCUGUAUGAUACCAAAUUGGAACAAUGAACCAAGUUUUAGUGGCCAAACUUCAACGAUUAGUAUAAAGUCUGUGCCUUUUCGUAGAAAGAGUUCCCGGACAAGUAGACAUGAUUGGAAGACUGGCUUUGCCUUAGACACUGGUGGGGUUUCUGGUGAUGGUGCACAAGAGGGCCUCAACGGAAACAACUCUGAUCUUGGCAGCACUCGAUUGGGCAGGAUAGUUAGUGCAGGGGGCCGGCAACUUUUGGAGAAGCUGAACACAGCUAGAAAGAACUUUCCCAUGAAGAUAUUCCUCCUCCUAUUGGGUUUCUACACGGCAAAUGCACUUGCUACAAUUCUUGGACAGACCGGUGACUGGGAUGUACUUGUUGCUGGUGUUGUAGUUGCUGCCAUUGAAGGAAUUGGUAUGCUUAUGUAUAGAAAACCCCCUUCUCUGUCGGCGGAGAGGUUGCAGUCAUUCGUGGUGUUAAUGAACUAUUGGAAAGCUGGUGUGUGCUUGGGACUGUUUGUAGAUGCUUUUAAGUUAGGUAGUUAAAGAGGUUUAGGAUUUGCCCCUGAUUUUACUCUUAUUUCCCUUUCCUUUUCUUGUCGCUUUACUCAGUUACAAUGUUAUUAUUCUUAAGUAAUGUAGUGAUACAUUGCAAGGCUUUGCUCCA